CAAUAGGUAAAAAUGCAUUCAUUCAUUUUAAACAUUGCUCUGUUCUUUAUCUUGAUAGCUUCAUCAUCAACUCUAUGCAAUGGGUUGACGAGGAAGGUGAGUGGCGAGACAGACCCAAUAGUACUAACAUGUAGGAAGGUGACUGAUUUCGGGUUCUGUGUCAUCACACUCCGGUCAGAUCCACGAAGUGCCAAAGCGAGUGUCUACGGGUUGGCCCAAAUAGCCCUUGGUAAGCUCGGGAAUCAUGCAAAGGACACUUCAAGCUAUACCCGAGAGCUGCAAAAAGGUUGCCCUGUUCAGAUGAAGAGGGCAGUUGGUGUUUGUGUUCAUUACUAUUCCAUAGCUACUCUCAAAGAUGUCCCUGCUGCUGUUAAAUUUUUGAAUGCCAAGGCGUAUGGAGUCGCCAAAAAGGCGGCUUCAGCUGCUAUGAUGGAUGAGGCACAGUGUCAGGCGGUAAUUAACAAGAACCCUUCACCAAUAUGGCAAAUGUUGAAUAGCAGGAACGAAUAUAUGCAUGAUUUGUCUCAAUUAUCUAGUGAUCUUAUUGGAUUAAUAAGGUAGUUUUAAUUUUUUAUUGAAGGCAUAAGAACGAAAUUUCUGUUACUCCAUUGAUCAUUGCGACUGCAAACUAGUGCUACCAUUGAUGUAGGAGAGCAGUUGUGGUGAGAUUGACUUGGAUGUUUUAUUUAGGCCUUUCGUUUAUCCCAUAAUAAAUAUUCAAUUU